AUGGAAAAUAGCUCACUCAAAGUAGAAAUAAGUGCACAGGUAACGUCUCAAGGUCUGUCCUUAGGGUUAUUAAACUCUGUCUUGAUUAGUCAAUGUCGGGAAAUUGAAGAGUUUCUCGUAGACGAGAGCGAUGAUGGUAACAUCACGAGCCUCGGUUCUUACCCCGAUUCUUCUGUUCGGGCCCAACUAUCGCUUCUCAGGUUCAAAGACUUCGAAACAACCACAGUUCAUCAGCAAAUCAAGACUCGCUUCAACGACCCUGUCUUGUCCCGACUUAUCACCGAUCAGAUUGUUCUCGAGUCACAACGGAAAGACUUGCCACAAGGACCCUUGUUGAUCACGGUAUUCCUCAAAUUUACAAAGAAAGAGUACAUUGUUGCUCCUUUUAGUUCUGCUCCUUGGACGACAGCGAAAGUAGAAGGAUCUUGUGCGAUUUGUCUAGAGAAGAUGUCUGAAGAGGAGUCGGAACAGGUCCUAUGCCAACCGCCUGAAUGUUUGCAUAUGUUUCAUGAAGAUUGCUUGACCAAUUGGUUAGAUCGACAUGACUCUUGCCCUCUCUGUCGCCAAUCCCCAAACCCUUUAACCAACAAACCCAGUGAAGCUUUGGAGAAGUUAGGAGAAGGUUUCGAGUAA